AUAUAAUUUUCUAAUUUUCAUUUAGAUCUAUAGAAUAUCUAAUUAAGAGCUAAUUUACAAACAAGGGAAGUCUUAAAUGAUCUAGAUUCUAUAACAGGAAUGUUACCAGCACACAAAGAUCGUAUUCAGGAUAAGUUUACUUUACUUAUCGAACAAAUCAGACCUCAGGUCGAAAUUGUUUGUUUGAGUCUUUUAAAUAAACAUAAAAUUAUUAACACAAGAAUGUGUGAGGACAUUUUGGAGGAGAAUAAAGCGCCAUCAAAAAGAGCUCAAAAACUCUUGCAGACCAUAGUUACUCGAGGUCCUAAUGCAUUUCAGAAGCUCUAUGAAUCAGUUCUAGAAGCCGAGCUUUAUGAUGCUGCUGACACAUUGAUGCCAGAAAAUAAACCUCAUUGGCCAGAUGAUUCUGGGGGCAGUAAUGUGCAGCCAGUUAAUGGCAUUGAAACUUCACAAUCAGAUGCUGAAAAGAAAAGGAAUGAUGAAAUUCAGCCAAGUAGAUAUUUAGAGACUAGUAUAAACACAGAAGCAACAAAUAGCAUCCAAGAUCCUAAAUCUAAAAAUGAACCAAAUGAUGUAUUAGAUGCAAUUCCACGCAGUAAAGACUCAGGGAGUAAUAGAGAUGAAACAUUUGUUAAAGAAAUAUAUAGAGAAACAGAAGUGAAAGUACCAGUAUCAUGUACAUUAGAUUCCCAGCCAAGGGCUCAAAGAUUGUUAACAGAUCAAAUAGAUGCACUUCUAUGGCCAGAAGGAUCACAUUAUAUAAAAGAGUUACAGAGUAAAACUAAAAGACUGCCCUCGUCCAUUAUAAUUGAAAGUGAACACUUGUCCAAAUCACCAGCAGCAGACAGAAAACCAUCUGCUGAAAAUUCUACAACUUUUCCUUCAGACUUUUCGACAUCCUUGGAUGAAAUUAAGCUCCCAGAUACCUGGCCAUCAAAAGAGCAUAUAGCUCAACUAAAGACAACAAGUGUUCAGUUAGUCAAAAGUAAUUCUAAAUUGGCUAUUAUGUACCAAAAUCUAAACACAGAUCAAGUUUAUACAUUGACAUACAAAACAAGGGGCCAUGCAGUCAUCAUUGACAAUAAAAACUUUCUUGACUUAGACAUUCGUUUUGGAUCAGAAGAGGAUAGAAAAUCAUCCCAAAAAUUGUUUGAGGAGCUAGGUUUCAUUGUCAGUACUUAUUGUGACCUUACCAAAGAACAAAUGCUUGAAACUCUGAGAAAAGAAAGUGAGAGAAUAGAAGCCUGGCACCAAUGUUUUGUACUGGUCAUACUUUCACAUGGAGCUAAAGGAUGUGUGUUUGGUACUGACGGUGAAAAAUCCCUAGGUGGAGAUGACCCAGUGAAUGCUAUAUCUGUGGAGGACAUCAGAGAAAUGUUUUGUAAAGUUCCCAAUCUGUACAACAAGCCAAAGCUAUUUUUCAUUCAAGCUUGUAGAGGAGAAAUCUAUGAUCCAGGACUUGAUGAAAUUCAACAAUGUUUAGCCCAGGAGCAAAGUGAUGGUAACUCUACUCCCACACACUCAGAUUGUUUUAUUGCUUUGUCAGUCACAACUGGUGUAGCAUCAUGGCGUGUGACUACAUAUGGUUCUUGGUUUAUACAGGCUGUAGUCUUUGUUUUCACACAUUUUGCUCAUCUCUGUGAUCUCAAUGAGUUGAUGCUGAAAGUCAAUGAUCUUGUUUCAAAAGCUAUAACGUCCAAAGGAUUCAAGCAAGUUCCAGAAAAUUAUUACACGUUGAGGAAAAAAUUCUUUUUUUUUCCAGGUCUUGGGGAAGAAAGACAUUAAAGUAGGCUAGGUUCAAUAAUCCUAAGUUUGUAUGAAGUAGGAAGCUUACAUUGAUUUGUUAAUCCAUGAAAAAAGGAUUUAGGUAAAACAAAUGUUUAAAAUGUAGAAAUCAAAUAAACCAUCAUCUAAUUUCCACACCAUUAAUACACUUUGAAUCAAUUUUACAGAGCAAGUAAAUCCUCACUUCUCAAAAUAUAUAUAUAUAUAUAUAUUAUUAUUAUGCAAACCAAAGUAAAAUUAAUAUUUUUUCACUUAUCUUUUCAUUUUUUGUAAUUGUAAGACUCAUUUUGUAAAACACAUCAUAUAAAGGAUGAUUCUGAAAAGUAAAAUAAAAUAUUAUUUUUAAAAAAUUAUAUUUUUUUCCCAACUGGGCAGUAGCUUAAUCUACAUUAAAUGUGGCAAAAUAUGUAGGUCACAUCAGGGUCUGCAUAAAGUAAGUAAAGUUUCCCUUUCAGACCUUUUGAUCUAUAACAAAAUUUAGUUUCAUUUUGUUGGUGCCCAGUGUGUUUCUCUAAAAGCAUCCAAUGAGCUUCAUUGAUUUCAGAUAUUUCUACAUUAUUUAACACAACUUUUAAUCAAUGCAACUUGUCUUUCAUAAUAAGACUACUACUAUGUUGAUGUAUUCUUCUUCUUCUUCUUCUUCAUCGUUCUCAUUGUUAUGUUGGAGUGUUCAUAUGACUAGACCAAUACAUGAGAUGAACUGCGCAGUGGUUUCCAAAUCAGGGAGCUCUCCAUAUAGUUUUCUUUCUAUUGGGGUGAUUUGGGGCCAAUGUCUUAUACGGGCCUCUUGGUAGAGAGAGCAGUUUUGGAGGACGUGGUCGGCAUUUUCUGGUGAUACUCCACAUGGGCAGAUUUCACUGGUUCCAAUUUUGAGCUUCCGGAACAUGUGUUGUUGAUGUAUUGUUAAUAUGCUAUAUUUAAUUGAAUGUUGGAAGUAUAAGUAUACACAUUUCUUUUUUUUUUAACCUAAACUAUUUUUUUAUGCAAAUGUGAUUGGUGAUUGAUGCAAAUUUUAUGAUAAUUUUUUAAAAUAGUUUUUUGUGUAUACUCUGCGUUUUUUUAUAUUUCUCAGUGGAGAGUUGUUCUUCCAACUAUUUGAAAAUAAAUAACAUGUUUUGACCUCCUA